AUGGUGGCUACCAAGCUGGAAAAGAGCGUAUUUGAAAUAAUACGUGUUUAUCAUGAAUACAGCAGAAAGAAGGAGGGCUGGGAUGAACUGAACCUGAAGGAGUUGACCCAGAUCAUUAAGAAUGAGUAUCCUGUUUUCCUUUCCACCUGUAGCUCAGCUGAUCCGGAUGGUUACAUAAAAAAUUAUUUUGAUGAGUAUAAGAAUAAAAACAACGAAGUCAACUUUAAUGCUUAUAUGAAAAUCAUGGGCAAAAUGGCCAACAUCUACCACAAGCGGAGCCAUAAUGAUGAGACCUGCGAUGACAGGAAAUGA